AUGUCGAAACGUGGCGGCGAAGAGUUGAACGGCGCACCACUAAAAGCAGGACAGCGACCAGAACAUGGAUCGCAAAACGAAGAAGGGCUUGACUUCGAGGACGACUUCGAGGAUGAAUAUGAGUCUGAGGACGAGGUGAUGGAGGCAGGUGUAGAUGGCAGACCAGAUGCUGAGCGCGAAGCAGAACAGAAAGAUGCUAUGGAUAUAGACAACAAGGAGCAGACAUUCAUACCUGGUCGAUCGGUACUGCAAGCUGGACUAAGUCUUACUCCCGAUCCAUCAACGUAUGAAAUGCUACACGUUAUGUCAACUACUUGGCCCUGUUUAUCCUUCGAUGUUGUCCGGGAUAAUCUUGGCGAUAAUCGCAAGCGAUAUCCUCGCACAUUAUAUGCCGUAGCCGGGACUCAGGCUGAACAGUCACGCGCCAAGGAGAAUGAGCUGAUGAUAUUGAAGCUCAGCAGUCUCGCGAAGAUGGAUCGAGGCGAUACGGAUUCUGAAAGUGGCGACGACGACGAUGACGAAGCAUCGGACCCAAUACUAGAAUCCAAGUCUAUACAACUUCCGAGCACGACUAAUCGAAUACGCUGCUUUCAACCUACACAAGUCAGCAACGACCUGUCACAAAUACCAAUGACCUUGACAGCAACCACCCUCGAAAAUGCUCAGAUCCUAAUUCACAACGUAACACCACACCUUAAAGCACUAUCUACACCAGGCUUCAUGCUUCAGCCAGACGCCUCGAAACCUCUCGCUACACUAAAAAUGCACAGAACAGAAGGCUACGCUCUAGAUUGGGCUCCUGCCUCCUCCUUUCCAGUUGGCCGGUUACUCUCAGGUGAUUGCGCGGGUCAAAUAUUCAGCUCGCAGGGGACAGAAGCCGGCACAUUCGUGGCUGAUUUAAGGCCAUACGUCGGCCACGCUGGCUCCGUCGAAGAAAUCCAAUGGUCACCAAGUGAAAAGAACGUCUUCGCAUCAGCUAGUAGCGACGGCUCAGUCAAGGUGUGGGAUGUGCGAAGUAAGAGCCGCAAGCCUGCCGUGGACGUUAAAAUCAGCGAUACAGACGUCAAUGUAAUGUCUUGGUCGCGGCAAACAUCUCAUCUCCUUGCAACAGGUGCUGACGAUGGGCAAUGGGGAGUCUGGGAUCUGAGACAGUGGAAGCCUCAGGGCAAUGGUGGACAGAUCAAGCCUUCGCCGGUUGCGAGCUUCAAUUUCCAUAAGAAGGCUGUUACGUCGAUUAAAUGGCAUCCAUCGGAUGAUAGCGUGGUUGCUGUUGCAUCUGCUGACAACACGGCUACUUUGUGGGAUCUCUCUGUUGAGAUAGACGACGAAGAGUAUGGCAAGGAGGCAGGGCUUGGACUAGGCGAAGGUGCCGAAAAGGUACCGCCUCAGUUACUCUUUAUUCACCAUGUCGAGGACGGUAAAGAAUUACAUUGGCACCCACAAAUGCCUGGCACAGUCAUGGUUACAGGCGGAAGUGGGUUUGGGGUGUUUAAGACAAUUAGUGUUUGA